GACUUUGUCAUGUCGGAGGAGCCGAAACUGCAGGAGUUUUCUCUCAAAGAAGACCACGAACUGAGAUUUGAGGCAUUUGUCCUUGAAUUGGUUCAAGGAAGGGCCGAGGUGUUUGGAACUGAAUUAGAGAUGCAUAAGAAGUAUGCAUUUCCUCCAAAUACACGUGUGGCUGUGUUCAGCUGGAAAGGGGCGUCUGUUGAGUUGAUCGGUCCAACAAAUAGCGCUUACGUCGCAGAGCACACUCCCAUGGUGAGUCAUUUAUCUCAACACACAUGCUGCACUGGAACAGCUCAGGCAACACUCGGAAGAGCAAGCAAGCGUAGAUGGCGCAGAGAAUCCAAAAGGCCCUCGUAUCAUGUUAGGUAUGACGGAUCCGUUAUUCUUAUUUUUUUCUUCAAGAUUUCUUUAUUUUCAUUAUUUACUUAG